AUGAUCAAACGAAUUGUUAUUGAUUAUUCUUCAUCAUCAUCAUCACCACCGCCACCACCACCGCCCUCAACUACGAAUACAGUCGUUCCAUCUUUUGAAAAUGAUAUGCAUCCAUCAUUUGAAUUAAAAAUAUCAACUCCAUUUCAUGUUACACCAUUAACUCAAAAAUCAUUAUCAUCGUCACCAUCUUAUUUAACAAAAUCAACAAAUACAUCAUUGCCAAUUGGUUUGUUGUCUCAUUCUGAUUCAUUGAAUAAUCAUAAACAUUUUCAGUUUUAUCCGAAUCAUGUACAAACAUCACACGUAGCCACCAAUGAUCCUUCCUACACAAAUAAUGAUAUCUAUUUUCAUGUAAUACCAUCAGCUAGCACUCUAGCAGGCACAAUCGUUCCUCUUCUACCGUCAUCAUCUACAUCAACUACAACAACAACAGUAGCCACAUAUGAUACGUUUGAUCAACAAUCAUUUCGAACAGUACCCUUUUCUCAUAAUAAGAAUCCGAUUCGAUACAGGUAUAUGGAAGAAUAUUUUGAAACAUAA